CAUGAGUACUCUACGGCUUCAAAAGAGGUUGGCAGCCUCCGUGUUGAAGUGCGGCAAGAACAAAGUUUGGUUAGAUCCUAAUGAAACUAAUGAAAUCGCUAACGCCAACUCAAGACAAAAUGUAAGAAAAUUGGUUAAGGAUGGUUUAAUCAUCCGCAAGCCUGUGGCAGUUCACAGCAGGGCUCGUGUCCGUACAAAUGAAAUCGCUCGUCGUAAAGGAAGACAUACCGGAAGAGGUAAAAGAAAGGGUACGGCCAAUGCUCGUAUGCCUGAGAAGAUUGUCUGGAUGAGGAGGAUGCGUGUUCUUAGAAGACUAUUGAAAAGAUACAGAGAUUCCAAAAAGAUCGACAGGCAUCUGUAUCACGUUUUGUACUUGAAGUGCAAAGGUAAUGUCUUCAAGAAUAAGCGUGUUCUCAUGGAACACAUCCAUAAGAAGAAGGCUGAACGUGCAAGAUCCAAAUUGCUUGCUGAUCAAGCUGAAGCUAGAAGGAAUAAAGUCAAGGAGGCAAGAAAGAGACGAGAGCAAAGAGUAGCUGAAAAGAAGCAAGAACAGCUAAGAAUGCACGCUAAAGAAGACGCUGCCGCCAAGAAAUAA